GGUCGGGUGACGCCCCUCCCUCGCGUUGCCCUGUUUCCUCAGCAUCAGCACCAAGUCGACACUGAACCGCCCGGCUAACGGACCAGGGAAGGAUGCAUUAAGACUUGGGUCAUUAGAAGCGACGAUGUUGACAAGGUGAAAAACAGGAUAUUGAUUUAUUAGCACACCUCCUCGAGGCGAUCUCGUGCGCUGGAUAAAAGGUUUGGAUAUUUUCCGUACGCGCCCUCGGUGCAUCCAUUCACGACGCACCAUUCAUGCAAACCUUAUGUUUCAAGAAUGGACGUGUGCUGCACGGCAGACGUUAAAUUCAAACCCAUCCUUUGCCCGGUGUGUCCACAUUAUUGGCCGAGAUUGCAUUGAUUUCUGCCACAACACCGGAUCAACCGGGAUGGAGCGCGCGAGCACCUCGUGGUCGUCCUGCAGCGGUUCCUCUCUUUGAGGGCAUCGGGCGAAUGUAGGCUAAUAAACAAAAGGCAUCUCGCCCUUCGUUGACGCACCUGCUGCCCCCGUCGUCUCCUGACAUGACAACACGGAGCCCACAGCACAGCACGAGGAUCGAGGGGCACCGACGCGCGGCGGCCGGACGAAGGGAUUCGAGGCGGUGUAAAGGGGUCGUCAGGGGUCCUGCAGAACCGCCCGGGGGAGGCCGGAUCGCAGUUUUUGGGGACAAGCACCAAGGGCAGUGCGGCACUCGGCACACCGAAAGGGGGAAGGAGGCUGCGGAGCUCAGUGCUACCUUCCCCCCGCUCUCAAAGCCGUUUCACUAAUACAUUGAAUUAAAAAGAUAUACAAAGCUGUAUAUUGCUUACUUUUAUACCAAAACAAUCCCCCCCCCCCCCCCCCCCCCCCGCCAAUCCUUUAUUUCCAGGUCGAAAUGUCUUGGUAUUUAACGUGACCCAGCACCAUUCAAACAUGAGGAGACACUCGGGAGAUUGAACCUGCUCUUCUCCGAGGCAAGGGUCGAAUCGGAGACGAACCAAUGAGCGGACUGGCUCGUGGUCCUGGGCACCUUUCUUACCUGGUUCUGCUAAGUACUUUGCUGCUCGCGAGCACCAUGGGAUGCCUCCAGAGCAUCGCAUGCAAGCCGCGCAUCCGGCGGGAGAACAUCGUUGUGUACGAGGUCUCCGCCUCCAUCGACCAGUGUGCCACCGUCAUCGAGGAGAACUCGCCCAUCGUGCUCCGCUACAAGACGCCGUACUUCCGGGCCUCCGCGGGGAUCGUCAUGCCCCCGGUGCCCCGCAACGAGACCUGGGUGGUGGGCUGGAUCCAGGCCUGCACCCAGAUGGAGUUCUACAACACCUACGGGGACAUUGGCAUGUCCAGCUGGGAGCUCCCUGAGCUGCGUGAGGGCCGGGUGAAGGCCAUCAGCGACUCGGACGGCGGCAGCUACCCGUGGUACGGCAACACCACGGAGACGGUGACGCUGACCGGCCCCACCUCCAAGGCCUCGCGCCUCACCGUCUGCAUGAACGACAACUUCUACCCCAGCGUCACUUGGGCCGUGCCCAUCAGCAACAGCAACACGCCCAUGCUGACCCACAUCACCCGCGACCAGAGCUUCAUCACCUGGCUGGUCGCCAUGAACUCCGUCACCAAGGAGAGGAUCGUGCUGCAGACGGUCCGCUGGCGCAUGCGGGUGGACAUCGCCGUGGACCCCGACCGGCCGCUGGGCUCACGGGCCUCCCUGGUGGGGCGGGCCCACCACGAGCAGCCCCACAUCCUCAACUACCAGGAGCCCAUCCCCCCCAACGCGCUGGGCCGGCCCAACGCCAACGACGCCCAGGUGCUCAUGUGGAGGCCCAGGCGAGGGCCCCCCCUCGUGGUCAUCCCGCCAAAAUAAAAGCGCAAAAUAAAUAAAAUAAAAGCGCAAAAUAAAAGAGAGAGAGAGAGA